AUGAAUUUGGACUCAGUUCUUAAACCAAUCCUAGAGGAGGAAGGAGGAACUACUGAAACCCUCUACAAGAAGAAGCAACUCCAAAAAUAAGAAUGGAAUAAAUACUUUGAUACCAUGGUCAUCGUCAAUGUACAAUUAUCCAAAUUAAUGUAGGGUACCCCUGUCUAUUCAAUAAUGAAACAUGAACCUAUUGUGUUGCUAAUUCAUGGAGCUGGACAUUGUGCCAUGACAUUUGCUUUGUUGUGUUAACAGUUGAAAACAUUUUGUAGUUGUAUCUCCUAUGAUUUGAUGUAACAUGGAUAGUCUCUCAAAACAGAACCUUUGGAAAUGGACAACCUAAUUAAGGAGUGUGAGGAUGUUAUAGAUUACAUAAGACUGAAUAAUCCAAAUACAAAUAUUCUUUUGUUGGGACACAGUCUUGGAGCAGCCAUAGCUUGUAAAUUGCAGCCAAAAUCAUUUAUACGAGGGCUUAUUGUGAUAGAUAUGAUUGAAAGUAGAGCGAUUGAGAGUAUUCAAUUGAUGGAGAAAGAAUUGAGAAAAAGACCCUCUCAAUUUUACUCGUACUCCAGUGCUAUUAGUUAUCAUUUAUCUAAUAAUCUUAUCAAGAAUCCUUAAUCAGCCUAAAUCACUGUUCCGCAUUACUUAAACGAUAAUUUGGAAUGGAAAGUGGAUUUAAUUCAAACUAAAAAAUAUUGGUAAGAAUGGUUUAAAGGUAUUCAGGAUGGAUUUGAUAAUUUCCAACAUUCAAAAUUAUUGUUUGUUGCUGAAUCCAAUAGAUUGUGUUCUAUUUAAUUCAAAUAACAAAGAUACAAAAUUCACUUAUUCGAUUAAUCAGGUCAUUCUAUGCAUGAGGAUGAACCUGAAAGAAUGGCUAAACUUAUAUCAGAUUUCAUUUUACAAGAGAAAAUUCCUAUUAAUUCUGAUGAAACAGAAAAAUUAAACUCUUUAGGUUAAUAAAACUUUGAAACUAAAGCCUUGUCAUAUGAAAAGUAAUUGAAACAUGUUAUUUGA